AUGCCAGUUCCAAUCGCCCUCGCUGCGCCGGCAGCCGCCGCUGGCCUGGCCUACUUGAACGCGAGAACCAGCCUUAGUUAUGAUUACCGCGUUAUCGCGCCCGCUGUCAAAUCGAUGAUAAAGAUAGCUCUUCUGCAUAGGAGAGAUCGACUUAACCCUUUCUACAUUCUCGAAGAGCAUGCGCGUGGAGACUUGGCAAACAAAGCACUUCUUAUAUAUGCAGGCCGGCAAUGGACCUACAAGGAGGUAUAUCAGACGGUCCUGAAAUAUGGAACCUGGCUCAAGACGAAGCAUGGUAUUAUGCCGAAAGAUAUUGUGGCGAUGAAUUUUAUGAAUUCGGAAAAGUUCAUUUUCAUCUGGUUUGGGCUAUGGGCAAUUGGAGCGAAGCCUGCCUGCAUCAAUUAUAAUCUAACCGACAAGGCCCUAGCCCAUUGCAUUAGGCUUUCAACAGCUCGAUUAGUUCUAGUAGACCCGGAAGUUCAGGAUAGACUCACUCAAGAGGUUAGGGAUGAGUUGCCCGGCGUCCAGUUCGACAUCCUCACCCCGGAAUUGGAGAGUGAGAUUCUGUCCAUUCAAGAAAGCCGGGAACCAGAUUCUGCGCGCACAGAGGAUAAGGUUCAGAAUAUAGGUAUGCUCAUAUAUACUAGCGGUACGACAGGGCUUCCAAAAGCUGCAAUUUCCAUGCCACUCUACCACUCUUCUGCUGCCGUCCUUGGGUUUUGUAUGGUACUCCGUUCCGGUGCUACAAUCGCCAUUGGCAGGAAAUUUUCCACGAAAACAUUCUGGAAAGAAGUCCGGUCAACACAUGCUACAGUUAUCCAAUACGUUGGUGAAACAUGCAGAUACCUAUUAUCGGCGGCCCCCGAAGUCAAUUCUAUUACGGGCGAAGUUCUGGAUAAGAAAAACAGCGUGAGGAUGGCAUUUGGCAAUGGGUUGAGACCUGAUAUCUGGAACCGCUUUAAGGAACGCUUCGGUAUUGAAGCUAUUGCCGAAUUCUAUACCGCGACUGAAGGUUCUGGGGCCUUAUGGAAUUAUACCCGCAACGAUUUCGGCAAAGGGUCAGUUGGACGCUUCGGUACCUUUGGGACCUUCCUCACCCGCUCAGCAGCAAUCCUCGUUGACCUGGACUGGGAGACUGAACAACCAUGGCGAGAUCCCAACACCGGUUUCUGUAGACGUGUCAAAACAGGGGAACCAGGCGAGCUAUUGUAUCAACUCCCCCCCGCUGAUAUAUCGAGGCGAUUUCAAGGAUAUUUCAACAAUACCUCCUCGACCGAAAGCAAGAUCAUGCGCGAUGUCUUGAAGAAAGGCGAUGUAUAUUUCCGCACUGGCGAUAUGCUAAGCCGUGAUUCUGAGGGCCGAUUCUAUUUCAGCGACCGUAUUGGCGACACUUAUAGAUGGAAGGCCGAGAAUGUGUCUACCAACGAAGUUGCCGAAGUCCUUGGAACCCACGCGGCUGUACACGAAGCUAAUGUCUAUGGCGUUGAGCUCCCUCAUCACGAUGGUCGUGCAGGCUGUGUCGUGCUUGUGCUGGCCGAAGAACCUAGCGACAGGCUGAUGAGUGAUUUGGCCACACAUGCCCAUGAGCGCCUACCAAGAUUUGCCGUCCCGUUAUUUUUGAGAUUGAUCAGUGCUAGUAACAUGCAGUUGACCGGAACCAAUAAGCAGCAAAAGCAUGUUGUGAGGUCUCAGGGUGUGGACCCUGAAAAGACUGGACAAGAUGAACUGUACUGGUUGAAGGGAGGAACGUACGUUAAGUUUCGACCGGAGGAUUGGGAGGAGUUGCGGGGUGGUAAAGUCAAGCUAUAA